AUGGGGGGAGCAACGGGGCAGGUACAUAGUACAGAUGUCCCAGGGUCAGAACAAGAGGACCUCUUUCUGCGGAAGCUCAGGCAGUGCUGUGUGGGCUUCGAUUUUCUGGAUCCAGUGGCCGACCUGAGAAGGCAAGAGAUGAAGCGCAGCACACUUAAUGAACUUGUCGAUUACAUCACAGCAGGACGAGGAGUUUUGACUGAGCCAGUGUACCCGGAGAUAAUCCGAAUGAUUGCUUGCAAUCUUUUCCGAACACUUCCCCCUUCGGACAACCCAGACUUCGACCCAGAGGAGGAUGAUCCAACGCUAGAGGCUUCUUGGCCACACCUGCAGCUGGUCUAUGAGUUCUUCCUACGUUUCUUAGAGAGUCCAGACUUUCAACCUGCGAUUGGCAAGAGAGUAAUAGAUCAGAAAUUCGUUUUACAGCUUUUGGAAUUAUUUGACAGUGAAGAUCCCCGAGAAAGAGAUUUUCUCAAGACUGUUCUUCACAGGAUAUAUGGCAAAUUUUUGGGUCUUAGAGCAUUCAUCAGAAAACAGAUAAACAAUAUUUUCCUUAGGUUUGUAUAUGAAACGGAACAUUUUAAUGGUGUUGGAGAGCUACUAGAAAUAUUGGGAAGUAUAAUUAAUGGUUUUGCUUUGCCAUUAAAAGCAGAGCAUAAGCAGUUUUUGAUCAAGGUGCUGAUCCCACUGCACAAAGUCAAAUGUUUAAGCCUGUACCAUGCCCAGCUGGCCUACUGUGUGGUACAGUUCCUUGAGAAGGACCCCACCCUUACUGAACCUGUUAUUAAGGGCCUACUCAAAUUCUGGCCCAAAACAUGUAGUCAGAAAGAGGUAAUGUUUUUAGGUGAGAUUGAAGAAAUUCUCGAUGUGAUAGAGCCGUCACAAUUUGUAAAGAUCCAAGAGCCACUAUUCAAACAGAUAGCCAAGUGUGUUUCCAGUCCUCAUUUCCAGGUUGCGGAGAGGGCAUUGUACUUCUGGAACAACGAGUAUAUCAUGAGCCUCAUUGAGGAGAACUCGAAUGUGAUCCUGCCUAUAAUGUUCCCAGCAUUAUACAGAAUUAGCAAGGAACACUGGAACCAGACCAUUGUUGCACUAGUUUAUAAUGUGCUCAAAACGUUUAUGGAAAUGAACAGUAAGCUGUUUGAUGAACUUACAGCUUCUUAUAAGGCAGAGAGGCAAAGGUUAGGAAUACCUUUUGGUUUUGUAUUUGUACAUUUUAGCCAAAAUAUUUGAGGAACAUACAUUCAU